AUGGCCACCGCGACAGUUUUGCAUGCUGCCACUCAUACGGUCGUGAGCGCACAAGCACAGUCUAAUAGUCCUCCCAUCGUCGCACUGCUCCGCGUCGUCUCCUCGUGGUCAACUAUCGUCCUCUCCUCCGUCCUGCGCGCCGUCGCGUCGCUCGCGCGUGCUGGUGCUAUCCCUCUGUCCGCUCUCGCGAUAGCUCUUUACUACACGCUGCUUUACGUGCUUGCGCCUGCGAUUGUCUUCUGUGACAUAGUACUGGAAGUGUUCGUGCGCACACCGUAUGCCAUCGUGACAUCGGUGCUCGCGAACGUGUACCCGCUCGUGCAUUGGGCUGGCGGCGCGGGUUUGCACAAAUGCUGUCAAGUCUGCUUUGUUCCCGCCCACAAGACCUACGGGACCAGCGCCGACAUCCAAGAUGCGAAAGCGGGUAUCGAUAAAGGAAGAGAAGGCAUAGGCUUCACCAUUGUUUUCCCCUACACUCCAAGCCGAUGCCCUUUUUCUGUCCGCCAUGUGUAUUGUCUCGCAGGCCACAAGUCCUAUGUCACAUCCUCGCUCCCGCGCCUUCUGCCGGUCCUCAAGCAUACCACGGCGCGGCAGCGACGAUCCCUCAGUGCCCACUCUUUGGUUCACAAGCUUCCCGUCGUCGCAGGUGCCGAGCGCAUCUCACGCCGCGCCAUGCCCACGAUCAAGGACGUCAAUAUUCCCAAUUACUGGCUCGAGUCGAAUGGCCUCGCACCGCUCGCAGCGCUGCCCGCGUGGGUGACCGCGUUUCCUAGGGACAUCUUCGUGCAUCGCGUGGCCGAGGAGGGUUCGCAGCUGUGCACACGGUUGCGGAAGGGCACUAUGCGCGAGGGAGUACUGGAGUGGGUGAACGCGAGGCCUCAGCUCAGAUGCCCUGGGCGACCGGGUGAACUGGACGUGGAGGGGGGUCACGGGGUGACAGAGAUCCGGCCAACUUGGCAUUACCCGGUGGAUGGUCGGAAGGCGAAGUCCCACAUCACAGACGAGGGCAGGAUGGAGGCUUUUCUAUACCGCAAGCCGGCACUUUUGCCCCAAAACAACAGUGUCUUCACAAACGAUGAAAUAAUUUCAAUAGGACCAUUCAUGGCACAGCCUGAGAUGGACGGAUGUCGAAAGAUCGCGACACCUACUUUCUUCUUCUGCAUCGACGUCAAUGACACACAUACACAGGCCCUUUCCUUUGGGCUAUGCAAGUGUGAGACAGGGCCUAAUAUGACCUCCACAUACUCUCCUUCCAUCACUUCGACAGUUGCCCUUUCAAGCAUUAUCGAUCCAAAGAGCAGUGUUAAGAGCGUUGAUCACUACCUCAGCACGGCAUCCGCCGCUAGCACUCUGUUACUGCCUACAGAAGCCUCAAACACGGUGUCGGCAAACACAUCAUCUACUAGCACCUAUCGACCUAUAGAGACCUUGGGCACGGCGUCGACCAGCGUUUCGCCCGCAACGCAUCCACCUACAGCCGCUAUCAUCGGCGCUGUAGUAGGACUCAUUGUCCUUGCUACGAUGCUAUUUGUCUUCAUGCGCCGACACCGCCAGCGCAGUCGAAGAGCUAUGCUGUGCGGAGGUACGAGUUGGCAGAAAAUGGAGGAUUACCAGGAAGCGGGUGGGGCUAUCUUGCGCGAACGGUUUUUGCGGCUCGGAUCGCUGUCGCCCGCAGUGUCUCCCCUGGAUGAAACACUGUCCUCUUGCCCAGGCACAAGAUCUCACUCUCCGUUUCUUGAUCAGCAUGCCAGCUGGGCAGCUUCGACUCAUACUCUAGCUGCCACCCUCUCUCCGCUGUCUCUCGAUAUUGCGUUGCGCGAAAGCGCCGGGCAUGGCCCCGCGUUGUCCAAGUCCAGCAGUCUGCGAGAGGAAAUAGCGCGCGAACGACGUGGUGUCGAAGAGCAUGUCGCCGAGCUGCAGCGCCGCCACGGAUCAUCAGGAGCCGCGUCCCGUGUUUCUGCAAACACACAGAGUGGGGAAGAGACGGCACCUGGUUAUGGGGUCGACGAAGACGAUAACGCCGCUUCAAGAAGGCAAAUGGAGUACCUGCUGGCGGAGAUAGAGAGACUACGCGCGAUUGAGUCGGCUUUGGCCGACCCGCCGCCUGCAUAUGACUUUUUGAUGUCUCUACCUAACAAGGAAGCCGCUUGGGCUACAUUGUUUCAAUUAAACGGACGGUCCCUAUGGUACAUACGAGAGGCGAUGUCUCCAGGAGAGCUAUCAAGCACGGAGAUCUCAAAACGAGUGUCGGCGUCGGGUUCGAACAAGCGAGCGCGAAGGUUUACGGAAGCGAGCGGCGCGGGAAAAGAUCAAAUACGAAGCGGAACAAGGUACUAUCGCGCCGCAGCGCGGCACGUCGGCGAGCCGGUAGUCGGGCAUGCGCUCGCCCAGUUGUUCCAACAAUAUGGGCCUUGGUGGUAA